AUGGUUAAUACCCUCAGAACUGAUUCGGAAACUGAAAACGACUCCUGGGCCGAAGCCUUGAAGACCUCCUUACUGAAUGAUCAGAGGGCAACUCUGGUCAACGAACUACCGCCUGAACUACUUGUUCACAUCUUCGAAAUGGGACAAAAGAUGUUCUUUCCACUGGAGCAACAUCUGUCCUGGCGCUUUCCUUUGACCCUUGGGGAGGUGUCGCGCUAUUGGCGCCAAGUCGCCUACGGGGCACCUACGCUGUGGUCGAAUGUGGAUGUCUCGUUUCUCCGAGAUAUGGGCGGUUUACGGGUGUAUCUUCGCAGAUCCAAGGACUCCCCCAUCGAUCUUAAUAUCACAUUUACCCCGACUCUACGCCAGAGAGACGUUGACACGCUCAUAGGUAUUUUACAACCUCAUUAUCGACGUUGCCGAACUGCCCUUGCUCUCCCCCACUAUGACACACGUGAUGUACCGGUAAUCACCGACCUUCCGUAUAUGAUUUGUCAUACCUUCUUUUUAAGGAAAUGUCAUAGUGGGGGAGAGCUAUGGCAGCUACGUUGCCGCUCCAUCAGAGUCAAGGCUGAAGCCUCCUAUGAAUUCACCACGGAGAUUUCGAGAAUCCUUGACUCGGGCCAUUAUCCAAUGCUAAGGCACAUCUGUGUGGACGGCUUUGAUAUGAAUCUAGAUUCACAACCAAUCGCAAUUGUAGCUGAUGCCGUUAACCUGACGAGCAUCCUUGGUCACAUUCUUCUACUUUCUAUAUCUGCCCCAAAUUUAGAGGGACUCACCAUCGCUCCAGUCAUCCAGAACGACCUCACCAAACUCGAAAGGGAAACUACUAGUAGUAAUGCCCCUCGAUUUCCGGCGUUGAAAUCGCUGACCCUUGUACCCGCUCACGCCAAGGGUUUGGGGCUGAAGGCUGUAGCCUUCGCCAAUGUUUGCUUCCCAGGGAUCAAGCUACUCAUUUUCCCCAAAUAUGAUAAACUUUCUUUCCUAGGGUCUUUCAAAACGACCGACUCUUGGUCAUUUUGGCCUGAGCUGGAUGGUCUCGCGGUCCGUGACGUGGAUGAUCAAGGUCCGCCAACGUUUAGGUGUGCCCUUGCGCUUGCUGUACCUGGAUCCCUUGUCAAUGUCAAGAAUGACCCGAACGGAGUGGUUAAAGGGUCAAUUGUCGGUGGUGGAGGCGGAUCCGUGGAAGAUACAAUGUCCUAUCGUGGGGGGAAGCGAAAGUACAGGUUGCAUGAAUACUAUGGUCAUACAAACGAGCCUUCAUACUACUUGACGAUGACGCUUAUCGGAACCACGACGUCCGGAGACAUCCCAGAUCGCAAGGGCCGUCGAAUCCCUCAUCAUAUUUGCACCUGGUUCAGUGAGAGCCGAUAG